AUGACGAACUUUGACUUUAAUUCCCUGCCGCAUUAUAAUCCGCGUAAAAACCGCAAGGUAGCUUUAGUUACAGGUGGAAACAGUGGCAUCGGAUGGUACACCGUUCUACAUCUGUACAUGCACGGAUUCGCAGUCUAUGUAGCGGGAAGAAAUGCCAACCGGGUUUCUCGGGCCAUGAAGGACAUCAAGAAGGAAGCCAAAGCUAGACUUAAAGCCUUAGAACCGGAAGAGAGAAGUCCUCUAGGAGAAUUGCUGUUUUUGUCGCUGGAUUUGACGCAGCUAAAGUCGGUUGAAAAAGCUGCAAAAAGGUUUCGCAGUCUGGAGGCCUCUUUGGACGUGCUCAUCAACAACGCGGGUGUGAUGGCCCUUCCAUACAGCGUGACCGAGGACGGGUUCGAAAUUCAGCUACAAACAAACUACGUGGCUCACUUUUUACUCACGAUGCAGCUGUUACCUAGUAUCAAGCGGUGUCGCGGCAGAAUUAUAUCCGUGUCGUCCGUGGGCCAUAACCUGGAGCUUUCUUACUUCAGCUUAUCACAGAGCUUCAAUUACAAGCCGAACAUUAUAUUUACGUGGAUGCGUUACGCAAUGGCAAAGACGGCCUCCAUUCAGUUUGCCAAAAUGCUGGCGAUAAAGCAUCCAGACAUCCUGUGCAUGUCCGUGCAUCCUGGUCUGGUCAUGAAGACCAACCUGUUUAGCUAUUGGACGCGGCUUCCCAUAGUAGGUAUUUUCUUUUGGUUUUAUUUCCAGUUGGUAGGCUAUUUCUUUGGAGUCUCCAAUGAGCAGGGUUCGGUUUCCACACUGAAAGCAGCACUUUCAACCGAACUGGAACGAGAGUGGGAUAAUGGCAAGUAUCUCACGACUGGGGGGCGAGAGGCAAAACCCAGCUAUGUGGCCAAUAAUCUCGACAAUGCUGCCUCUACUUGGUUGUGGACGAUUCAUGAGCUACGGGAUCGUGGCUAUGAUUUUUGA